AUGCCUGAUAUCAUUCAUGAUGUGGCCACAAAGUACCUGCUCAUUUCUUUGUCGAGGCACUACAUCUCUGAAGAGGCAAAGGCUUCAAGGGCAGCAAACAAUGCCACCUUCAAACUGUCCAAACUGGAUGUUGGCAAGUAUGCACCACCAACUGCAAUGCCCCCAGUGCAGGGCCCUGAACACACUUCAACCACUGAGGAUGAGCCACUCCCACCCUGCCAAUUCCCUGCAACCCAAAGGUUGCAAACUUCUCCAAUGGCUAAUGCCAUUGCAGGCCCUUCUUCAGGGCCAAGUGACUCUCAUCCUGCCUCUUCUGGGUCCAUUGUUUCAACAACUCAAACUCAAGGUGACCAACCUGUCACCAAAAAGCCCCAUGAAAAGGGCAAGAAGAAAGCAUAG